UUUCACUUCAAAUAGUUAAGGGAAGUCUAACAAGUAACUGCUUAGUUCUCUAGAAAAAAAACAGAGUAUACUUCCUGCAGGCAGCUAUUUUUAGCAGUGAUGCAGUGUCCAAAGUGUUAACUAAUUGAGUCAUCAGGUUUCAUAUUUGGCCAGAGAAAAUGGCAGUGGAAGAGGGAGAAUGCUUCUCAGAACAAUCUGACACAAAUGCAAGUUACCUCCGGGCUGCUCGAGCUGGUAACUUAGAAAAAGCUCUUGACUACUUGAAAAGUGGAGUGGACAUCAACAUUUGCAAUCAGAAUGGGUUGAACGCUCUCCAUCUUGCUUCCAAAGAAGGACAUGUAGAAGUUGUCUCAGAACUGAUACAGCGAGGUGCCAAUGUGGAUGCAGCAACAAAGAAAGGAAACACAGCAUUGCACAUAGCAUCCUUGGCUGGGCAGACAGAAGUAGUUAAAGUGUUGGUUGCAAAUGCAGCCAAUGUCAAUGCACAGUCUCAGAAUGGAUUCACUCCAUUGUAUAUGGCCGCCCAAGAAAAUCACCUUGAAGUUGUUAAGUUUCUUCUUGACAAUGGUGCAAGUCAGAGUCUUGCUACAGAGGAUGGGUUCACCCCUUUGGCAGUAGCUUUGCAACAAGGCCAUGACCAGGUGGUUUCACUGUUGCUUGAAAAUGAUACAAAGGGAAAAGUUCGUCUUCCUGCUCUUCACAUUGCUGCCCGCAAGGAUGACACAAAAGCUGCUGCUCUGCUGCUGCAGAAUGAUCAUAAUGCUGAUGUGGAAUCAAAGAUGAUGGUGAAUAGAACAACAGAGAGUGGCUUCACACCGCUGCACAUAGCUGCUCACUAUGGAAAUAUCAAUGUAGCGACAUUGCUGUUAAAUCGAGGAGCUGCUGUGGACUUCACUGCAAGGAACGACAUCACUCCAUUACAUGUCGCAUCCAAGAGAGGAAAUGCUAAUAUGGUCAAACUCCUGCUUGAUCGAGGAGCUAAAAUUGAUGCCAAAACAAGGGAUGGGCUGACCCCUCUCCACUGUGGAGCAAGAAGUGGCCAUGAACAGGUGGUCGAAAUGCUGCUUGAUCGUGGUGCCCCUAUUCUUUCAAAGACCAAGAAUGGUUUGUCUCCGUUGCAUAUGGCAACACAAGGAGAUCAUCUAAACUGUGUUCAGCUUCUGAUUCAGCACAACGUGCCUGUUGAUGAUGUCACUAAUGACUAUCUGACUGCACUGCAUGUUGCCGCCCACUGUGGCCACUACAAAGUUGCCAAGGUACUCUUGGACAAAACAGCUAAUCCUAAUGCCAAAGCACUGAAUGGCUUCACACCUCUUCACAUUGCCUGCAAGAAGAACAGAAUUAAAGUUAUGGAGCUUCUCCUGAAACAUGGUGCAUCUAUCCAAGCUGUAACUGAGUCGGGCCUAACUCCAAUCCACGUUGCUGCCUUCAUGGGACAUGUAAAUAUUGUAUCACAAUUAAUGCAUCAUGGUGCAUCACCCAACACCACCAAUGUGAGAGGAGAAACAGCACUACAUAUGGCUGCCAGAGCUGGCCAAACAGAAGUUGUUCGAUACCUAAUACAAAAUGGAGCUCAGGUAGAAGCUAAAGCUAAGGAUGACCAAACACCACUGCACAUUUCUGCCAGACUGGGAAAAGCUGAUAUAGUGCAGCAAUUAUUACAACAAGGAGCAUCUCCAAAUGCAACUACAACUUCUGGUUAUACUCCCCUCCAUUUGUCUGCUCGAGAAGGGCAUGAAGAUGUAGCCUUAGUUCUUUUGGAUCAUGGUGCAUCUUUAGCUAUAAUUACCAAGAAAGGAUUUACUCCUCUUCAUGUGGCUUCAAAAUAUGGCAAAAUUGAAGUAGCCAACCUUCUGCUUCAGAAGAACGCAUCUCCGGAUGCUGCUGGAAAGAGUGGUUUAACUCCACUGCAUGUAGCUGCACACUAUGAUAAUCAGAAAGUGGCACUUCUGCUUUUGGACCAGGGAGCUUCACCUCAUGCUUCUGCAAAGAAUGGUUAUACUCCACUGCAUAUAGCUGCCAAGAAAAACCAGAUGGAUAUAGCAACAACAUUGCUUGAAUAUGGUGCUGACGCUAAUGCUGUAACCAGACAGGGUAUUGCUCCUGUUCAUCUUGCAGCCCAGGAGGGCCAUGUGGACAUGGUGUCAUUACUCCUUACUAGAAAUGCUAAUAUGAAUCUUAGCAACAAGAGUGGAUUGACACCGCUUCACCUGGCUGCUCAAGAGGACCGAGUAAACGUAGCAGAGGUUCUUGUUAACCAAGGGGCUGUUACUGAUGCACAAACAAAGAUGGGAUACACUCCAUUACAUGUUGGCUGCCACUAUGGAAACAUAAAGAUUGUUAAUUUCCUUCUGCAACAUUUUGCUAAAGUUAACGCCAAAACAAAGAAUGGAUACACACCCCUACAUCAGGCAGCUCAACAGGGGCACACCCAUAUCAUUAAUGUCUUACUCCAGCAUGGUGCUUCGCCCAAUGAACUCACUGUGAAUGGGAACACUGCCCUUGCCAUUGCUAAACGGCUUGGCUACAUUUCAGUUGUUGACACACUGAAGGUGGUGACAGAAGAGACUAUGACUACAAUUACUGUCACAGAAAAGCAUAAAAUGAAUGUACCAGAAACUAUGAAUGAAGUCCUUGAUAUGUCUGAUGAUGAAGCAGUUCGUAAAGCCAAUGUCCCUGAAAUUCUCAGUGAUGGUGAAUAUAUAUCAGAUGUUGAAGAAGGUGAAGAUGCAAUGACAGGUGACACAGACAAAUAUCUUGGACCUCAGGAUCUAAAAGAGUUGGGAGAUGAUUCCCUGCCUGCUGAAGGAUACAUGGGCUUUAGCCUAGGAGCCCGCUCUGCCAGUCCCAAGGUCAGCCUCCGCUCCUUCAGUUCGGAUAGGUCUUACACUCUGAACCGAAGUUCUUAUGCACGGGACAGCAUGAUGAUUGAAGAGUUGCUGGUGCCACCAAAGGAUCAGCACCUGUCAUUCCCAAGGGAAUUUGAUUCUGAUUCACUCAGACAUUAUAGCUGGGCUGCAGACACCUUGGACAAUGUAAACCUUGUCUCAAGUCCCAUCCAUUCUGGCUAUUCCUCUCCACUUCCCCAGUAUGAUUCAAGUUUUCUGGUUAGUUUUAUGGUUGAUGCACGUGGGGGUUCAAUGAGGGGUAGUCGCCAUCAUGGAAUGAGAAUUAUUAUUCCACCACGCAAAUGUACAGCACCCACCCGCAUCACCUGUCGAUUGGUAAAGAGACAUAAACUGGCCAGCCCACCACCAAUGGUUGAAGGAGAAGGAUUAGCCAGUAGACUAGUAGAAAUGGGGCCUGCAGGUGCUCAAUUUUUAGGCCCUGUUAUAGUGGAAAUUCCACAUUUUGGAUCAAUGCGAGGAAAGGAAAGAGAAUUAAUUGUCCUUCGAAGUGAAAAUGGUGAAACAUGGAAGGAGCACCAGUAUGACAGCAAACAUGAAGGUUUAAAUGAAAUACUUAAUGGCAUGGAUGAAGAGCUGGAUAGUGCUGAGGAACUGGAAAAGAAGCGUAUCUGCAGAAUCAUAACAAAGGAUUUUCCUCAGUACUUUGCAGUGGUUUCACGAAUUAAGCAAGAAAGUAACCAAAUUGGUCCUGAGGGAGGUGUCUUGAGUAGCACAACAGUGCCACGGGUCCAAGCUUCCUUCCCUGAGGGAGCUCUAACCAAAAGAAUCCGAGUGGGCCUCCAGGCACAACCAGUUCCAGAUGAGAUUGUCAAAAAAAUCCUUGGAAACAAAGCAACUUUCAGUCCCAUUGUCACUGUGGAACCAAGAAGAAGAAAAUUUCAUAAGCCAAUAACCAUGACAAUUCCUGUGCCACCCCCAUCAGGAGAAGGUGUAACCAAUGGGUACAAAGGAGACACCACUCCAAGCCUUCGACUUUUAUGUAGCAUUACAGGAGGUACUUCACCUGCGCAAUGGGAGGAUAUUACAGGAACCACUCCACUGACAUUUAUAAAUGAUUGCGUCUCUUUCACAACUAACGUUUCAGCCAGAUUUUGGCUUGCAGAUUGUCAUCAAUUACUAGAAACUGUGGGGCUGGCCACACAGCUUUAUAGAGAAUUAAUAUGUGUUCCUUAUAUGGCCAAGUUUGUGAUAUUUGCCAAAAUGAAUGACCCAGUGGAAUCCAACUUGCGAUGCUUCUGCAUGACUGAUGAUAAAGUAGACAAAACUUUGGAGCAACAAGAGAAUUUUGAAGAAGUUGCAAGAAGCAAAGAUAUUGAGGUUCUGGAAGGAAAACCCAUUUAUGUUGACUGUUAUGGAAAUCUAGCCCCUUUGACAAAAGGAGGGCAGCAGCUUGUUUUUAAUUUUUAUGCUUUCAAGGAAAACAGACUGCCAUUCUCUAUCAAGAUUAGAGAUACCAGCCAAGAACCUUGUGGUCGUUUAUCAUUUUUGAAAGAACCAAAGACUACAAGAGGACUGCCACAAACAGCUGUUUGCAACUUGAAUAUAACUCUACCAGCACACAAAAAGGAAACAGAGUCAGAUCAAGAUGAUGAGACAGAGAAAGCAGACCGGCGUCAGAACUUUGUUUCUCUUGCUUUACGUAAGCGCUACAGCUAUCUGACUGAGCCUGGAAUGAGUCCACAGAGUCCAUGUGAGCGUACCGAUAUAAGGAUGGCAAUUGUAGCUGAUCACCUGGGACUUAGCUGGACAGAACUGGCAAGGGAACUGAAUUUUUCUGUGGAUGAAAUUAAUCAAAUACGAGUAGAAAACCCAAACUCGCUGAUUGCUCAGAGCUUCAUGUUAUUAAAAAAAUGGGUUACCAGAGAUGGGAAAAAUGCUACAACUGAUGCCUUAACCACUGUAUUGACAAAAAUUAAUCGAAUAGAUAUUGUGACCCUGUUGGAAGGACCAAUAUUUGAUUACGGAAAUAUUUCAGGCACCAGAAGCUUUGCAGAUGAAAAUAAUGUUUUUCAUGAUCCUAUCGAUGGUUACCCCACCAUUCAAGUGGAACUGGAAACUCCCACUGGGUUGCGCUUCGUACCACCCACCCCUUUCCAACAAGAUGAUUUCUUUAGUAAUAUCUCUAGUAUAGAGUCACCCCUUAGAACUCCUAGUAGACUGAGUGAUGUGUUAGUAACUUCACAGGAGAAUAUAGAUGGUACAGUAACAGGACCACCAGUGGUGACUGAAGAAGACACAACACUGGAAGACAGCAAAUUCAAUUUCUCAGUGCCUAGAGAAGGAACAGUUAAAAAUAUUUCCACAGGCCAGAGCCAGUUGGAGGACCUUGAUGAUUAUCCUCGGUAUCUUGGUAUUUAUGCUGGAAUGACGAAAGAUGAUAAGUACUCAAAACAAAUGCAGGGUGAAGAGCCUAGUCAAAGAGGAGUGAGAAUUGAACAGCAUGAGAGAGAAAAGUCUGGUACUGAUGAGGAGAUGACAGAAGAAAAGCUUAAAUCGCUAUUUGAGGACAUUCAUCUUGAAGAAGGAGUUGAGUCAGAGGAGAUGACAGAAGAAAAAGUAUGGGCUAUUCUUAAAGAUGUUCAGCAAGCAGAACAGGAAAUGUCUUCCAUUACAGGUUGGCAGAGUGAGCCAUCAAGUGUCAAUGUUGAGCCACCAACACCAGGACGCAGAAUAAGUGGUGAACUACUAGAUCGGCUAGAUGACAGCCUGGACCAAAAUAGGGAUUCUGUUCCCUCAUACCUUAAAGGAGAAGCUGGGAAGCUUGAAGCAAAUGGAAGCCACACAGAAUCAACAACAAAUGCAAAGACUAAAUCAUAUGUUCAAGAGUCUGUAAAUGGUGUGGGAAAACAGAGCAACAAAGAAACUCUGAAACCAAAACCCCAAAGUUCUGUCUGUGUAGAAAAGCAAACAUUACCAUCCACAACCCAACAGAAAUCUUUGGAAGAGGCCAGCAAACUAGCAGUAGAAGAACCUAAAAUAUCCAUGCCUGUAGGCAUGAAGAUGAGCUGGACUACAUCUGAAGAUGGCAAGAUGAGACCAAGCAUUCAGGAAGAGGAGGGAGCAGUAAUGUCUGAACAAAAGGAAUUUAGUGACAGUGACAUUGAGGUUCAGAGUGAGUCAAGCUCAGAUGAAGAACAGAGAAUCACAACAAGAGUUUAUCGUCGGCGUUUGAUUCUGAAGGGUGAGGAAGCUAAAAACAUUCCUGGUGAAUCUGUAACGGAAGAACAAUUUACUGAUGAAGAAGGCAACGUCAUCACAAGAAAAGUAACCCGGAAAGUAGUAAGACGUGUUGUUAUCCCGCAUGAGAAGAGAGUUGGUGCAAUGCAGGGAGAAGGUUAUAAGGUUAAGACAAAGAAAGAAGUCAGACAUGUGGAGAAGAAGAGUUACUCAUAACAGCAGAACACUGAACGGACUGUGUGCUUUUACUGCCAGUAUUUUAGAGAAACAGUCAUGGAAGAAAAAUCAACAGGAAUUAAACAUUCACUGAUAAAGUGUGCGUGUGUUUGCUGCUUCCACACAUUAACCGCAUGGUUUUUAUGCAAAAAACCCCACUAAAUGAAAAAAACAAACAAAAAAAAUGAUUACUUUAGCAUGAGCUAAUUUACAGAGCAUGGACAUUCACUUUCAUUUGCAGGAUUGGAGAGCGUGCAAGUAACAAUGCAGUGUAUAUACAAGAUGCCACGCUGUUAACAGCUUAUUUCAAGCAAUUUGAUGUCAUCACAAAAGGAAUAAAUUUCUGUGGCCAGUGGGGACAUAAGAAGAUGAAAUGAUUAAACCACAAAAAGACACUAAAAUUACUAAAUCCACAACAGCUCGCCUUAUUUUUCUUGGACCCAAACUGUCAGGGUAUAAAACACUAUUUGUUUCUUUUUUAAACAUCAAUAGUUUUGCUGUAAAUAAAUAACCCUGUAUAAAUUCUAACAGAAAAUAAAAUAAGUGUUGAUAAGGCACUGCCUCUUAGAUCACAAACAGAAUAUUGUGACUGCAUUGAACAUAACAGGUGUCUCAAAUAGCUACACCUACAGGGAUAUUCUGAGUGUAUCUUCACAGAUUCUUGUAUAUUAUCAAUUAUAAUGUUUGUAUAUGCAAAAUGCUAGCUUGAUUUUAAAAAAAUCUUUAAAAUCUGCUGCAAAAUUUAAAUGAUUCCCUAAAUGAGGAAUUCUGUAGUUCUGUGAAAAUUUUUCUUCAGAGUACUAAUAUUUUGAUGCAUGUGUUUCACCUUAUUUUGAUUAAGUCUUUUCCAGUUUUGCAAACACUAUACUGCAACAUGAAAAAUACGAUUUUAUCUGUAAACACAAAGCCCUUCAUCUAAUAUUUGUUGCUGUUGCCAAUUUUUCAAUGAAAUGAUCUAAAAACAUAACAUAUACAGUAGAUGCAUUAUGGGGGGUGUGCUAUCUGUUCUUGCUUUAUACUGGGGUAAUGCUUGCAGCUUUAGAGGUGGGUUGGUGCUCUAAGGAGCACAAGUUUUGGAUAUUUUAAAAUGAACUGAAGAGAAAUUAUUAGCUAAUAGACUGGCAGCACGCUGUAUAAUUAUUACUGUAUUGUGUACUGGCUAUAAGAUGUAGAAUCUUUCAGUAAGCCAAUCAUCUGUAAUCAUUCUAGCAGAGUAAUAUUAGGUUGUUAAGGCUGCUGUGUUUUAAAGGGCAUUUUUAUUUGGGUUUGGUGAAAUCUUUUAAUUUGUUGAUUAUAUUCAUAUGAAAACAGCAUUCAUUGAUAAUAGCUCUAAUGACAUAUGUAUGAAAACAACAAACACUGGAUGAUCUAGUUGAUUAUUUAAGCAUAAAAUAAAUUGUGUUAAAACUCUUCA